CAUCCUGUAUAUAUGCUCACAAACAUGCACGCUCUCGAACUGUAAUUCCUUGAAUACGCUAUGCGGGAGUGUCUGUCCUGGUCAGAUAUAACACACUGUCGUACACUUUAUUCACUAUUGACGAGGAAAGUAACAAGUUGGCAAGUAGUAAUUUUUGCGACAAAAAUGGCAUCGCCGAAAGCAGUUGCAGUGGUGACCGGGUCUAACAAAGGAAUCGGGCUACAAAUAGUCAAGGGCCUAUGUCAGAGAUUUAAUGGCGACGUCUAUCUAACAGCACGAAAUGAGGACCUUGGUCAGGCUGCUGUCCAGAGCCUGAAGGCCGAAGGACUUAACCCCAAGUUUCACCAGCUGGACAUAACUGACUCUGUCAGCAUUAACAGACUCAGAGAUCACCUGCAAGAACAGUAUGGCGGGCUCGACGUUCUCGUCAACAACGCCGGGAUUGCAUUUAAGAAAAAUACGGAUACGUCAUUCGCCGAGCAGGCUCGAAAGACAUGUGGGGUGAAUUUCUUCUCCCAGGUGGACGUGAGCGACGCCCUCUUCCCCCUCCUACGCCCUCACGCAAGGGUUGUGAACAUGUCCAGCAUGGCUUCCCAGUGGUCAAUCUCAAAAUGUAGCUCGGACAUACAGGCCAGGUUUACGGACGCCGCCAUCACGUUACCACAACUUAAAGCCCUGGUACAAGAAUUCAUCGAUGCAGCACAAACAAACGAUCACGUAAAACAGGGAUGGUCUGACAUGGCGUACGGCGUUUCCAAAAUAGGAAUGACCGUUUUAACCUUCAUCCAGCACCGCGAACUUAGUCAGGACAGUCGAUCAGACAUUGUUAUUAAUAGUUGUUGCCCUGGAUAUGUCCAAACGGAUCUGACGUCAAACCAGGGCCCAAAGACACCAGAGCAAGGUGCAGACACGCCUCUUUUUUUGGCUCUCCUUCCUCCAACCACCACGACACCUAACGGCGAGUUUGUAUCCGACAGGAAAAUACAGAAGUGGGGAUAACCGUUGAUUGACUUCCGCUAUCAUUGUGUCGUACUGUAUUUCAUGAGAAAAAUGCUGACUGCUUCUCCUUAUGUAGAUAUAUUUGCAUUUAUUAGAAAUAUAGUCAAACAAGUGAUUAUUAGUGUAAACUAUAUUUCUUUAUCAAAUGAAUAUUAAAUAAAAUAUUGUUAAUCCGUCUAACUGUAAGGACUUUUUGUAUAAAACACAUGCUUCAUAUCUAUUGUAAAUUAUGUAUGAAGUUUAUCUUAAUACAAUCAGUCGAACUUUGUAUUAUAAACAUACCAUUUACGUC